AAGUUGGGAGUAUAAAAAAAACACUGCGGGGCAGCACCUAGUUUGUCUGCAACCUUUCAUCUGGUAAUGAAAGAACUGGAAAGCAAAAGACUCACUUCGUCCCACUGUGAACACUAGUCCUUUAGAUUACUGGAACUCCAGAAAUAAGCAUUGAUUUCAAGUCAGCCGUUGUGAAAGUGGAGCUUUAUCAGGCCGGAUCAGACCCCUUCUAUUCCUCUGUAAAUCUCUCCCGUGCGGCCUCAGCCCUCUGGGCCAUGGUAUAUCUGAGUGUCGCGGCUACAACAUGAGCAUAUCUCCAUUCACCACCCUGGAGAGCCCACUGACGUCUUCCUGGAGCCCCACCAACUCCUACCCUGAUGUUGCCACGUGGAUGUCCGGCUACUCGAACCGCCUGUGGCCUCGCGACCCCCAGCCCCAGCUCUGGAGCAAGUUCCAGGUGUGGGAGUGGCUGCAGCAGGUCAUGGACAUCAACCAGAUCGAUGCCUCCAGCGUCCCCUUCCAGAACUUCGACAUGGACGGCCAUCAGCUGUGCGGCCUGAGCUACCAGGACUUCAUUCACGCUGCGGACAGCGCGGGACCCGUCCUCUUCCACAGCAUCACGGAGCUCAAGUGGAGCGGCCAGUGCCACGUGGAAUUAGGGCACCUGGAGCUCAAACCAGAACUAGACUUCUCCUGUUCGUUUUCUGAGGUCAGCUAUCCACCUGCAGACUUGUACAGUCCCUCCCUUCCCCCCAUUGCCCCCAUCGCAUCCCUCACCCCUUCCAGCCCCGGUGAGGAAUGCACAAGUUAUACAAUACAACAAGAUAUUAAACGGUCUUUAAGUCGUCAGGUCAAAAAACACAACCCGAGGGGGAUCCACUUGUGGGAGUUCAUCAGGGACAUUCUGCUGAACCCGGAAUGGAACUCGGGCCUCAUCAAAUGGGAGGAUCGGGCGGAGGGGGUUUUCCGCUUCCUUAAGUCCGAUGCGGUGGCACAGUUAUGGGGCAAGAAGAAGAAUAACAUCAGCAUGACCUAUGAGAAACUAAGCCGGGCAAUGAGAUAUUACUACAAAAGAGAGAUCCUGGAGCGAGUGGACGGACGCAGACUUGUUUACAAGUUUGGAAGGAAUGCAAGAGGAUGGAGGGAGUCAGACAUGUGAACAUUUUGUUCAUUUUUAGCUUUCUUUGAUGUUUGAUGCAAUUAUGAUGUUAUAUUGUAGUUUUCACUGAUUGUCUUUGAUUAAAAAAAAAACAUGUUUAAACAGUUUAUACUAUGUGGAUAAUGAUACGUUUGCUUUGCUUUGGUAUGAUUAUUUAAUUUCAUCCCUAUUUGGUGAUACUGAUGUGUUCUUUAUUGUGCUUUUUUACAAUAGCUUCUUAUUGUAGCUGCGUGGCAGCAGUCAAACCUCACAAAUGUUUGUUUACAUAAUAUAAAACAUUGAGGGGUCUAUUUGUCAACUUUUUUUUCAAGUCCCAAACGAGCAUGUGUUCAUAGCGUUUAAAACACAUGUGCCAUCCGGAUGUAUGUUUUGGCUACUAGUACUGUAAAGUGUCCUUAAGGGAGGGAUGUG